GACCAACAGAGAAGAGAUUAAGAAAGAGAGGAGGCUCAAAAACUUCUACAGGCAAGGCAAGACAGGAUAAGUGCUGAUUUACAACAGAAAAUCCAGAUGAGACAACAAAAGAUUGCUGAAGUCAGAUCCUCUGUAAAGGCCAGCAAGGGCAGCUUGGAUACUGAAUGGCUGGAGAUCAACAAUGUGUUCUCAGAGGUGGCGAGAGUGGUGGAGGACGCUCGGCAGAAAGCCCUUCAACCUCUCGAGGAGAGGAGACAGAUCCUAAAGAGAGAAGCACGAGAUCUGGUCCAGAAACUGCAAAAGGAAAUUGACAAACUCAAAAAGACCAUUGAUGUGUUGGACAAAAAUCCAGAUUUGCAGGUUUCUCUUCUAACAGGCCUGGAUGAAUCUCGGGAUUGGAAUAAUGUAGCUGUUGACACUUCAUUCUCCUUUGGUACACUAAGAACUACAACAUCAAACAUGAUGGAGCAAAUUCACCAGAAAUUAGAAAAUCUCUCUUCCGUUGAACUCAAGAGGAUCCCCACAUUUGCAGUGGAUGUAAAGCUGGACCCAACCACUGCACAUCGAUGCCUUGUUCUUUCUGCCGAUGGGAAGAAAGUGAGGGAUGGAGCAAAGAACCAGAAAGUUCCUGAUGCUCCAGAGAGGUUUGACAUGUUUGGCAGCGUCCUUGGGCUCAACAGGUUGUCCUCUGGAAAGUCAUACUGGGAGGUGGAUGUCAGUAAAAAGACAGGAUGGGAUCUGGGUGUGGCAAGACGUGAUGCAAACCGCAAAGGGAAACUCUCGCUGACCCCAGAUAAUGGUUACUGGGUUACUGUACAUUAUGAAGAUGAAAAGUACGCAGCCCUGACAGCACCACCCGUCAGCCUGUCCCUGACAGUGAAACCUCAGAAGGUGGGAGUGUUUGUGGAUUACGAGGAAGGUCUUGUGUCCUUCUACGAUGUGACGGCUCAAUCUCACUUCUACUCGUUUACUGAGUGUUCGUUCAGUGGUGAAGUUUUCCCAUAUUUCAGUCCACAUCUUAUUCAAAAUGAGUUAAACUCUGAUCCCCUGAUUAUCUCUGAUGUGAAAAAGCCGUAGGAGUUAUAUGAAGUGUUACUGGUGCACUGAAAGUUAUAAUGCAACAAUCAAUGUGAGUUUGAGGUGUACAGUAACAUUAUACUGUUAAAUGAUUUCAUGACCACUGAAGGGUUUUCUGGCCUGGUCAACAUCGGAGAUUGUUUUUCAAGUUUAGACAUUCUUUUCUUUUUUCUUAAACAAGACAUUCUUAAUCAUCCGUAGACGACUUUAUGAGUUUGGGUUUUGUUUAAUGUUAAUUUUUGUGUGCUAUAUAUGUGUAAGAGAUUGCUGGCAUUUUUCAAAAUGUAUCUACGUCAAAAUGUAUGUAUGCGUGUAAUUCCUCACCAUUUUAAACAAUGUGUUUAUAUCUAUAGUUUGCUCUUUACUGUUAUUCAUCUAUAGCUCAUAUCGGCAUUAGGACUCAGGAUACUCAGACAAAAAACUAAAUUUCUAGAUAAUUGCAAAAUCUCUCUGUGAUGCAUGCAGAAGCCACAAUAAACCUUGCUAGGUUCCUUAAUUUAUCAGUAACACUCUACCACUUCCCAUAAAAAGUUAUCAGUAAACAAAAAGAAGAAGAAACUCAGGUUAGGGACAGGUCAAUGAAGCAACAUGAGUGCACUUUGCAUGUUUUUGAAAGGUUGCAACACAUGGCAGUCUGUUGAAUUCCAAGUGUUGUAAUGAUAAUUGCAAACAUUACUACACCACUGGUCAGUUGUUUGGCCUGAAUUAAUUCAUGCUUUUUCAUGCAUGAAAUCAAGAUAAUUUAUGUAACCCUGCCACAAAGUGUCACAGAAAGUAGUCAGUCAGAAGAGACAGCGGGGGAAAAAUCUUAAACAUUAGGCUUCAUGAUCAGAGACAGUUUUUAUAUCACGUCCAUAUUCCCCUCUCUGCUGUGAGUCUCCCAUUCAAUCAGUCAAUUGAUGGUUUUACUAACGGCCGUUCAUCCGCCAUUAUAAUAGCAAAGCCUUCAUAAAUGAGCCCAAUCAAUGCCGGUUUCAAACUUUUAAGAACAAUUUGAAAAUGUUUUACCAGGAAGAAAUGAAUUCUUCGUGUUUGUUAGACGUCAAGGAUAUAUGCAGUGACAUUUGUCUGUGCCUUUCAGUUGUAACUGUUUCUAAUCAAUGCUAUCCUUAAGUUUUUUUUAGGUUUCCAGAAACAUGGUUUGAAAUCAUGGUAGUUAAAAUGACUAAGUUUUUAUAUAUUUAGGCGUUUUUCAUCGACACCGAAAGGUCUCUCUAUGUAGUGCAACAUGAUUCUAUUUCCAUUAUUCUAUUGUUUUCUGUUC